AUGAGCGACCCCGGUUCCGACAAGUCGGGCGCCGGCUCGAAGCGCGGAAAGAUGAAGUCCCUCUUUAAAAUAGGCUUCUCCCGCAGCAAAGACGAGCUUCUCAAAGGCAAGCUCGCCCUCGAACACUCCCUCGGCCUGGGCCACAAACCCAACGUGAUCCCCGGCGGUGAACCCUCCACCAGUUCGCCCGCCCGCACCGUCGAAGUCGGCUGGCACCCCGUCGGCGGAUCGGCCGGCAAAUGGUUCGCCGAACAAACCAAACUCGGCACCUGGAUCACCGACCAGGUCCACCGGUACCCAGACCCGUCGCAGCACUGGGCAGUCCUCGUCGGCGAUUACUGCCAUGAACUCUGGAUGGAUGAGAACCUCGAUAUCAUCUACGUCAACGGGAAGAUCAACCGGUCGGAGUGGCGUACCUUCCGCGUCGGGGAAACCCGCUUUAACGACGAGGCGUUGCGGCAGGCGGGCGAGAUGGUUAUUUACAGUAUGCGGCAGAAGAAGGCCGCGUAUAAUCUGAUUAGCAAUAACUGCCAGAACUUUGCGCUGCUGAUGCUGGAUGGGAUCCAGUUGGGAAGGGCGGAGCGGACCGAGUUUGCGACUACGCUGGCGGUGGUGCAGGCUGCGACGGGGUCGGGGAAGGUUAGUGAUUUGUUUGCGGAGGACGUGCCGGCGUCCGCGCAGCAGCAGCAGCAGCAGCCGGCUCAGCAGGCGGCGAUGGAGCAGGCGGAGAAGGAGAAUCCGAUUGUGGCGAUGGCGAAGAGGUUGAUGGAUGAGCAUACGAAGAAGUUGGAUAAUCAUCGGCAUGCUCAUUGA